GUGAAUAUUUUCAAACUAGUAAGGUUUAGUUGUGACAAAACCACAAUCACACACACAGUACGUGUGUGGAUCGACCAGGAGCAAGGAAGAACUAGGGUUUACCCUUGUUCUCACCAAAUUCGCCCAACUGACUAGGAAAAAUUGAUGUUUAUCAACUGCAUGUAGUGAAAAUUCGAUCAUCUACCCAUACCCGGUGAAGUGGUGUGAAGGAAGAAAGUUCAAACUCUAAGAAACCGGAAGGAUCACAAGACCGAGAUGGCAGAUGCAAGCAACGUUAAUGAUGAUAAUGAUACGGCUCGUCAAGAAGCAUUUCACAAUAGAGUCACGGAAGUGGCAGAAGGGGUUGUGCAAGCUAAUCUUCCACGAUUAGCUCAAGAAGUAGAAAGUCGGGUGUUGGGAGUUGUGGAUGCCAUGAUGACUAGCAAGAUUGAAGAACUGAAAGAACUGAUAGAGGGAUCUAAGGGCAAAAGCAAAGAACGAUGGUGCACACAUAAAGAUUUUAUGGCAUGUCAUCCGACGACGUAUGACGGUAAAAUCGAUCCAAUCGAAUGUCAAAGAUGGAUCUCGAAUAUAGAGGCGGUGUUCAUACGAAGUCGGUGCGAUAAGGAAGAUCAAGUAAUGUUCGCUACCGGUCUACUAACCCAUCAGGCAAAAGAUUGGUGGGAUGCGCACAGUAAGGAAGUAGGCGAAGAUAGACUUCAAAUUAUAACUUGGCAAGAGUUUAAGGAGCCCUUCAUGAGAUAUCAUUGUCCUCAGUCGGCUAUCGACAAGAUUCAGGAGGAUUUCUUACGCCUCCGGCAGAAAAAUGAGUCGGUAAAUGAAAUAUCAAACGCUUUCAUGGAUAAGAUGAAGUUCUGUGGGGAAUUGGUAAUAACCGAAAGAAUGAAGAUAAAUCGUUUCUAUGGCGUAUUAAAGGCAGAAAUUAGAGAAUUCAUCACUCCUUCAAAAUGUGAAACCCUCGAUGAGCUCAUUAAUUUAGCACGGGAUAGGGAGAUUGAAAUUAAAAGGCAAGAAGAGCGAGGUGAAAAGAGACCAAGUGAAAAGGGUGCAAGUUUUAGUCCAUCUAAAAAGGGGAAGUUUCAGGAUCAAGGAAGGAAGGGUAAGUCGAAAGGUGGAAUUACUCCAUGCAAGACUUGUGGGAAGCUCCAUACCAGAGAGUGUUUGUUAGGCAAAAAGGGGUGCUUCAAAUGCGGUAAGGAGGGACAUUCGUCUUAUCAAUGCCCGAACAACCCGAAGACUUGUUUCAACUGUUUCGAAAAGGGGCAUAUCAAAUCGGAAUGCCCGAAGCUUCAGCAAGAGUCAAAGAAAGAAGAUAUGAAGCAAGAGGGUUCUAGGGCGAAAGGGAGAAUGUUUCAAGUCACAUCUGAAGAAGCAAAAUCCCAGCCGAAUGUGGUCUCAGGUGUGAAGGAAGAAAGUUCAAACUCUAAGAAACCGGAAGGAUCACAAGACCGAGGUAAAACUCCACUUUAGGCGAUUUGGAGAUAUGGAGCGAGCACAUGUUCAAGCCUUAUUAUACCAAGCGCUUCCGCUAGUUUAUAUGCAUACUUUUUGGGUCCAUGUCUUGUAGUUUUGUUUAAUCUUGUUAGAAGUCUACACUUGAAAACUUGUUGUCUUUGUUUGGGGUAGUUUAAAGUUAAAUGGGUCGUAGAUUGUCGUUAGUUUAAUAUCUUAUAAACAGGGGGCAUGCUCGUUUUACGAACGGGUCAUGCCCAAAUUUUCUAAGAAUUUCGUUAUGUAUUAAAUUUGGUAUUUUGAUGUCUUUAAA